AUGGAUCCUAUCGAGCCUGCGGAGGGCUCAACGGGACCGGCUCGUGUUUCCGAUCAGCCACCGUCGACCGACGCCUCAUCAUCCCAACGACCUGCACAGGCAACCGCGCGCCCUCGCGCCCUCUCAAAUCGCUCCCGCCGACCGAGCAUUCGCCUCAACCGCUUGCCAUCCAUUCCCUCCUUAGAUACAUCGCUGUUCGACCCUCAAGCCGGGACUGUCCCGCUCGCCCGUCAAGUCUCCAUCAAGUCGCCCGUCGAAGAAGAGGAUGAAUCCGGCACCACCGGUCGACGACGAAGCAAUUCAGAGCCGCGACCCCCAACGUGGAACUUUCCCUCGCAAAAUGGGGCGACACGAGGAUCGACGCCGAUGGGCUUCAUCACCGAAGAAUCGAUGCCCCAUGAUCCGCGGUCGGGCAUGAACCUGGCCCCUCCUGCGGACACCUCUGGCCCCGACGAACUUCAACCACCACCGCAAGUCAUCCAUCGCGUUCCAUCACGCAAUCCACUUCGACGCGCCAGUUUGGCCACUUUGAAUCGAUUCAGCCGCAACCGCGCGUCCACCGUGGGCGCAGCACCCGCACCAUUCGGGGCUGCCAGUCAACAACAACAACCACCACCCACUCAGGCGCCGGGCGGUGGUGAGUAUGGGUCGCAUGUGGUCGAUGUUUUGGAUGUCAUCGAUCCCGAGGUCUCGGCUUUGUCAACUCUCACCAAUGUACAGAACUCUCUGUUCAUUCCCAAUCUCGGUGGCUUCAUCAACCGCAUGCCCACCUAUCAGAUAUCGCGAGCGCCUCCUUCCGAUGAGGAGCAAGGAACGGCGUCUGCAGAUGAGGCGGAGUCGGUCAGAGAAGGACAGAACCUGGACCGGCCAAGGCUAGACCAGUUACAACCAUUCUCCAGUAUGUCCUCCGUGGUGGAAGGACCUCGAUAUGCCGUUCUACCAGAUGGCCAUGAGCUCGAAGGGUGGACUCGAGAGGAUUUUGCCGAGUUGAAUGACCACGUCCGACACAUGCUGCAUUCUCGUCGUUCCAAGUUCAAGCGAUCGAUGAAGGGAUUUGGACAAUACGUGCGACGGCCUUUGGGAUUCCUUGUCACCCUCUAUGCAACACUCAUCACGCUGUUCGGUCUUGCUUGGGUACUGUUCUUGAUCGGCUGGAUCAACGUCGGCGGAAAACAACUCUACGUCAUCAAUGUCAUCGACAACGUUCUGGUUGCUCUGUUUGCCAUCAUGGGUGAUGGUCUGGCUCCGUUCCGGGCCGUCGACACGUACCACAUGAUCUACAUUGCACACUAUACGAUGCUGACCUGGAAGAUUCGGGAGAAGCGAAAACUUCCCGAUCUCAAAGACAAGAACGACCUUCCCGCUCUGCAAGAGAAGGAUGUUGAGACGGAGGCCGAGGCCGAUGCUGACACGGGGGCGAAUGAUGCUAACAAGGAGGAUGAGUACGAGUAUACGGUGCUGGAUGCCCGCCAACAAGAGCGGCUCAUGCAUCAUCAGGCCAAAUUCGCCAAGUCGCAUACAUUCUACAAGCCUCACGAGACGGUCACACAUCACGCCUUCCCUCUACGCAUCCUCAUCGCCAUCGUCGUUCUUCUUGACUGCCACUCCCUGCUGCAGAUGGCCCUGGGCGCAUGUACCUGGAGUAUGGAGACCCCCGGCGAGCGCCCUUUCGCAUUGACCACCGUCAUUCUGUGCUGCUCCAUCACGUGCAAUAUUAGCGGGGGUGUUCUCAUCAUGAUUGGUGAUCGGCGCACGCGCAAGAAGGACGUGGUCGAACGUCUGUUCCGCCAGGAGUUGACAGAGGAGGCAAUGAAGAAGAUGGAGAAGCGGAAAGUGAAAGAGGAGGAAGAGCGGAAGAGCAUUCAAAUCGAGCGAGACACGCGAAAAAGCUUACAACUCCCCGAGGAGCGUAAAAGCAUGCAACUCCCAGGCCAAGGGCGUAAAAGUCUGCAAUCGAACCGCUAUUGGUACAGUGACCCCCCGGUUGAACAGAACGAGCAGUCCAGCCAGGGGAUCACUCAUCAUGAACCUACCAGUCCUGUCGAAGAGCGCCCAGACCCUUUUAGCAAGGCUUGA